AUCUAAAACAAGGGGUGGACUGGAAGGACCGUGCCAUAUACCCCAUCCUUGCUACCAAUCUUACCUCCACUCACUUCUCCAUUACAUAUUUAUUUCUAUCCAUUCCCUAAUUUUAAUUUUUUGCCCGGGCUCGAAUUGGUUAGUUUUUCGAGAAAGAAAGAGAGAGAGUUGGGGCUUGGCGUGCGCGCCUAAACCAGGAAGCCAUGGCAAUUGCUCUCCCAGCGCUGUCUCCUUCCCGGAUGGUGAGGGCUUCUUCAGUCGACACGAAGCAUAGACUCUCUUACAAUCCUCACCGCACAUAUCCGCCAACCUCCGGCGCAAGUUCUACGGCACCGUCAGCCAUCGUUUCCCCCGCGAACAACCGCCCGGCGAUAUCAAUUUCAGACAUCCUCAGACGCGAUGCUCCGGCACCGACUCACGGCAAAUUACCUGAAACAUGUAUGGGUUAUGAGACGUGGUUGCCGAGUCCGCCCAAAGUGGAGAAGCCUCGCUCAGUCUUCAAUGCAGCAGCACUAGCUUAUAUUGGAGAUUGCAUUUUCGAGUUAUAUGCUCGAAGGCACUUUUUGUUCCCACCAUUGAACAUUGAAGAACACAAUGAUCGUGUGAUGGCAGUAGUUCGCUGUGAGGCUCAAGAUGCAAUGUUGCAGAAACUCAUGAAGGACAAAUCCUUAUCAGAAGAAGAAAGGGCAGUGCUUCGUUGGGGAAAGAAUAUUGGUUCUGGGAAAACAAGGACAAAGAAACGUGCUGGUGUAGCUGUUUACAAGCAAGCAUCCUCACUUGAAACACUUAUUGGUUACUUGUAUUUGACAAAUGUGACACGGCUUGAAGAGAUCAUGGUUAAGUUAGGCUUCUGUACUGGAGCUUCUUCUCAAUUUUUAGUGGGAAACACAGGUGGAGAGGUCAUACCUGCAAAAGUUGAUGUCUAAGAUUUUAUAUUUGUGUAUGUACUACUUGUACAAAAAUCUUUCUUAUUGGUUCCUACCAAUAGAAAAGAUGUGUAAACCUCAUCUUAUUUUUUUCGCGGUUUACUUGUUGUCCGUCUCAAUAUGUGUUGAUGUAAGUCCUCUAAGCUAAUUUUGAAAGCCAACCCAUCAUAUCUGUCCAAAUUGGCCAUAUGGUUCAGAUGUUGAAUGGUUAAGAGAUUUGCCUCUGAAUGGUUAAGUAUUAUACAGAGUCUGAAUGAUUAAGACCUCUUAUCUGAAUUGAUCAGACAUUUGCCUCUGAAUAGUUAAGCAAUAUACUAGCUCUUAAUGG